CGGUAACGACGUGAAAGGUGAGCAGUGCAGCAAAUACUUCCUUUCUUUUCGGGACGGCCAUUGAGCUGGAGCGACAAUGGGCAAGUUUAUGAAACCUGGAAAAGUUGUCCUUGUCCUAGCUGGACGUUAUGCAGGUCGAAAGGCUGUCAUUGUCAAGAAUGUAGAUGAUGGCACCUCAGAUCGGCAGUACAGCCAUGCCCUUGUAGCUGGCAUAGAUCGCUAUCCCCGCAAGGUGACUGCCACUAUGGGCAAGAAGAGGAUUGCCAAGCGAUCAAAGAUCAAGUCCUUUGUGAAGGUGUAUAACUACAACCAUCUCAUGCCAACCAGAUACUCGGUUGAUAUCCCUCUUGACAAGGCUGUGGUGAACAAGGAUGUGUUUAGAGACCCAGCUCUGAAACGCAAAGCCCGGCGUGAGGCCAAAAUAAAAUUUGAGGAGAGGUACAAAACAGGAAGAAAUAAAUGGUUCUUCCAGAAGCUGCGAUUCUAAAUCUGUAUAAUUGUGGUUGUACAAAUAAUAAAAAAAUAAAUUUGUUCCAAAA